UGCAAUCUGCUGAGGUUUUUUGCUGCCCUGUUGUUAUACAGCGGGUUUGGGAUCUCUGGGAUCCCACUGCCCUUCACCCCAAACCCCCCAGUUUUCCCUAAAAUCCCAACCUCUUUUGGAAGCUGGGCUCUGCAGCCUGCAGGGUGGGAAAACAGCACAGAAGGGAGAGGAGCUGGCAGUGAAUUUGGGGGGGUUGAUGCCCUGACAGUGUGGCAGUGUCCCCUGGCUGGGGACAGGGAGAACAGGGUGGCUUUUCUUUGCUGUGCUGAUCAGCAUUCAGCUGGGGACACAGAGCACAGCUGGGAGGAUGCUCCCAUGGAUCCAGGGUGACUUCCUCACCCGGGGGGGUGCUGAGCCUGCUGUCCCCAGCCAUGCCACAUCCCCUGAGGGGUCACGUCCCUCCUGCAGCCCUAUUUCUGUUUUCUUGGGUUUCUUUCCCUUUGUAUGCCCUGAAUCCAGAGCGAUGUCCCCAAGUUUUUGUCCCCUGACCAAGCCCAAGCCGUGGUGAGGGACAGCAUCACUGCACUGCUGGGAUGUAGCAGGGAGGAUGCUCUGACAAAGGGAGGUUUUAUUGUCUUUUUAUUGCCUGAGAAGUGCCAGGAGAAAACCUUGGAUUAUUAGAAGAGAGUAGAGGAGAUGAAAGAACUUUCAUUAUCUUUGAAGCCAAGUCAUUUUAAGCAGCUCAGAAGUACAAGCUGCCCCUUUUCAAGGAAAUCUUUGCCUGUGUAGGUGCAAACGCCCAAAAUUUUCCCCUUUAAUCCUCCAACCUUCCCAAGAGCAGAACAGAUGGAGCAAAAGGCCGGGAUUUUACGAUCGGGGUGGCUCUUUCAACACUUGGUGCCAGGGAAGGCCGAGUUCCUCUGCCAGAGUUUCACCCUGGGAGGGGCCCUUCAUAACCCAAAUUUUGAGGUUAAACCCCUUUUUCUGGCAGGAUUGGGGUGCUUUGCCCAUGAGUGUGACCCACACUGUGGCCAGGAGGAUCUAUGGGAUCCAUUCCAUCCUAUCCCGACCCGUCCUGCUCAGCCUGGCUGGCUCUGCCCAGAUAAACACUGACUCAUGUUUUUCUGUCCCACCCUGGGCACAGCAGCUUUUUUAAGGCUGCCUUUUCCAGCUAUUUCCUUUUUCCUGUGCCCUUCACACGGGCGUGGGGCAGCCCCAGGGAUGCAGGGACAGGUUGGAGAUGCUGGAGGCUGCUGGCUGGGGGGGUCCCGGAUCCGGGAUGGAGAACUGGGAUGUGUCUGAGUGGAUGCAGAACAACAUCCCUGACCUCAUCCUCCCCGGUAUGUGCCGGGAUGCUGCCGCUGCUCGAGCCGCCCGUCGGGAAUCCCACCCGGCCUUCCCUGGGUACCAAGACAAACACAGCUGCGGGAAUGACGGAGAAAAGGCUAUUUUGGGUAAAUCCCCUGCUCCGUUUUGUUGAGCUCAUGCCUUAGGCCAGUGUGGAGGGAGCUGCCGUUGUGCCCUGGGACACUGAAGUGUCACCUGUCCUCCAUCCCGACAGAGAGGAGAGAGCAGGGGAAGAUCCUUGGCUGCAGACCCCAGCAUCCCAGCUCCCCGGGACCACACGGAUCAGCUGCCAUUCCCACGGACGAUGGCGCUUCCCAACCUGUCCGAUUACCUGGACGGCCUCAUCAGUAACUACAGCGACUACCCCGACUACACCUACGAGGACUUGGACAGCGUGUGGGCAGACCCGGCCCAGGACUCCAAGGACAUCACCAGGAUCCUGUCUGUCAUCAUCUACACCGUGUCCUGCGUGCUGGGCAUCCUGGGCAACGGCCUCGUUAUCGCCAUCAUCACCCUGAAGAUGAAGAAGUCGGUGAACGCCGUCUGGUUUCUCAACCUGGCAGUGGCCGACUUCCUCUUCAACAUUUUCCUGCCCAUCAACAUCGCCUACACGGCCAUGAGCUACCACUGGAUCUUCGGCACGGUCAUGUGCAAGCUCAACUCCUUCCUCCUCAUCCUCAACAUGUACACCAGCGUCCUGCUGCUCACCACCAUCAGCUUCGACCGCUACGUGUCCGUGGUGUUCCCGGUGUGGUCGCAGAACCACCGCUCCACCAACCUGGCCUACGGCGUUUGUGUGGUCAUCUGGACCCUGGGCAUCGUCAUGAGCUGCCCCUCGCUCAUCUUCCGGGACACGGCGCAGAUCCGAAGCUCCGUGAUUUGUUUCAGCAACUUCUCCCUCUCCAGGAAUAAAUCCUACGAAGGGCUGGCUCUGGUGAGGCACCGCACCGUGAACAUCACCAGGUUCCUGGCCGGGUACAUCCUCCCCAUCACCAUCAUCACCUUCUGCUACAUCGCCAUCGUCUUCAACCUGCGCCGCAACCGCCUGGCGAAGUCCAAGAAGCCCUUCAAGAUCAUUGUCACCAUCAUUGUCACCUUCUUCCUCUGCUGGACUCCCUACCACCUGCUGAACCUGCUGGAGACGGUGCCCAACGCGGUGCCCUGGUCUGUGUUUGAGAUCUUCAUCCCGCUCACCACGGCUCUGGCAGCCUCCAACAGCUGCAUGAACCCCGUCCUCUACGUCUUCAUGGGCCAGGACUUCAAGAAGUUCAAGGUGACCCUCCUUUCCAGGCUGGUGAACGCCCUCAGCGAGGAGACAGGACACUCCAGCAUCGUGCACAGGAGCUUCUCCAAGGUCUCCUCCAUGACUGAGAAAGAGACAACAGUUGUCUAAACUCAGCCUGCGGGAGGGACAGAAUCCCCUGGUGUUGGCACUGUGAUGGUGACCAGCCCUGGGGUGGUCAAACAUUGUCCUGCACUGUCCUACUGCCCAUUUUUGACUGGUGUUGCUGCCUGGGGGCUGGCAGGGGAUGGAGACCUCCAAGGUGUGGAGAAGACACAACCACCCUUGAUCCUGCGUGGGAUUGCAAAAAUCCGUGCGCCAAAAUAAGAAAAUAUUUUUGGGCAUUCCCAUCCAAACUGUGCAUUGCCUGACCCAGGAAGGGCUUUCCUGGUGUUUCCAGAGGCACCGUGGUGGGGUGCAGGAUAUAAGGAAGGCACCUCCUGUGCCCUGGCCAGAUUGGUGACACUCCUCUGUCCCAUGUCUGUGUGUGGCUCCUCAUGGGAAAUUCCUGAGGUAUUUUGGUACCAGAACAAGGUGUUUGUGACUUUUUUUGGGAAGUGUCCUUAGGAGGGGUUGGAUUAUCCCAACUCAAAGAACUGGGAAGUCUCAAAUGUCUUCUAAGUGAUCCAGAUCCAGGGCCACCUUCCAGUAUGGGAAUUGGGCUCAUGCACAGGGUCACCAGCAUGGAAAACUGGGAGAAGAAAGAGGGAAAGGUCAAUUUGAAAUGUCUUUUUAACCCUCCUUUUGAUGGGCACAUUCCACACGGUACAUCCUGCAGGAAAGGUGGGUGUUUGGGACCAGGAACCGGCCCAUGAGCUGGGAAUGAGCUUCUGGGGAGGACCUGCUGUCCCCUCAUGCACAUCUUGGGACGCGCUGGGAAUCUCCUGGGAGACUCUGCAGCAAAGGAUGGGCUGAGCCACCACCUCAAUCCGGUUUCACACCCAGUUAAUUUGGGAGCUCCUUCUCCAUUAGAGCUCCUUCACCACAGCCCUGGUGUCACCCUCAUUUAUGUGUCACUCCCAGGACAGCGAGGAAUCCCUGGAGCUGGAAUUAAGCAGUCCCCAGUGGCCCUGGGGACAUUUCAGGAGCUCCCUCGGGGACCUUUGUGCAGAUUUUGGCAGCUGAGAAUCUGCUCCCAGGUGCCCACAGAAGCUGAAAUAUUUAUUUAUAGCUUUCCUUGGAAUUCAGCGAAUGGAAAAUAAAAUGGAGAGACAUCUCCCAGGAAAAGGCAGGGAGCUAUUUACAGGCAGCAGAUCCAGAAAUCCUGCGGCAGGAGCAGGAUCUCAGGAUGGCAGGCUUUCAGGAUUUCAAGAUUUCAGGAUGCCAGGAUUUCAAGAUGCCAGGAUUUCAGGAUUUCAGAAUGCCAGGAUUUCAGGAUUUCAAGAUUUCAGGCUUUCAGGCUUUCAGGAUUUCAGAAGGAUUAUCUGGCAUCCUCUCCACCCCGGCACUGCCUCGCUGCCCCACCUCAAUCUCAUCACCUCCUCUGUGUGAUGGGACACUCAGCACCUGGAUUGUCCCUGUGUCUCCUGGAGUUGGGAUGCACCCCCAGAGAGGCAGCAGGGCCUCUCUGGUGGUGGGAGGAGGCUCCUCUUGCUCAUUUUCCCCAGUAUUUAAUUAAUAUUGCUGGAAUGUUGCCAGGAUCCCAUUAGGAGUGGGAUAAGAUAGAUGGGAUGGACGGGACAGAUGGACACACAGGGACACACAGAACUUGCAGAGGAUCUGUUUAGGGAGCAGUGGGAAUGGGAUGGACCCAGAGCCAGCAGCCUCUGGGGCUUUUUGGGCUCAGGCUUUGGAGAAGGCCUGGAUGUGGGAGCAGUGGGAUGAAGCCUCAAGGACUGGAUGCCAGCCCACAAUCCCACAUCUCCUCAGGUUGGUGCUGGGAUGUUCUUAAUGGAUUCAGGAUGCUCCUCCCUAAUUCUGGUGUCUGUUUUUUCCAAGCCCAUCUGUUAUUACUCCAACAAGCUUUCCCCAAAAAAAAAAAAAAAAAAAAAAAAAAGCAGUGCCUUGGUACUUACCCUGGGGGGUUAAAUCAUCCCUGUAAUGGCAGCUUGGCAAUCCCAAAUUUCCCAAAUAUUUGGGUGCAUCUUUGUUGCUCUUUGCUUAUUUAAUAAAACCUCUGUUUUCCAGACAAAUACCUCAAAGUGUGGAGUGGGGCAGAUCCCAGGGUUUUAACCUGAGCAGCCACUUCUCCGUGUGUAUUCCUGAGCCCUGGUGUCCAAUCUGGAAUUGUGGAAAGAGCUCAGGAGCAGAGGGAUGGGGCUUGUGUGAUUGAGGUGGGAUCUGAGCAUCUUGGGUGGGCUUUGGGAGGUCUCCCAUGGAUGAUCCGAGUGCUUCACCCCAACAUCCAUCCAGACACCAGUGCUGCUGCUCUGUCCCCCCCUGUUCCUGAUUCUCCUCAUCCUGCCAGGGCUUGGGAGGAAAAGGGAAAAAUCCACUGAGUUUUUUCCUGCUGGACCCUGUUAGCUUUGAAUUAAGCUCCCCAAAGAUUAUCAGUGAUUUCUGUUCCCGUGUCACCCACUGAGACAGGCAGCAAACAGCUCACCCAGGCAGCAUUAAAAAAGCACAUUUUUAUAUGUCUAUAAAAUAGAAGCAGGGGGAAAAAAAAUAACAUUCCUCAGAAAACUUCAGCCUCCUCAGCCAGGUUUUUCUUCCCUUUUUGGCAGAGUGGCAAAGAAAUGCAGCUCAGUAUUGCUCCAGUUCCUCUGAUAUUCCCAAAAUACUGCAGGAGCUGCAGCUCUGGAAUCUCCCAGGGGGCUGAGGAUGGAUCCUGUCAGCAUUCCUUGGUAUUUUUGCAGAGCUGGAUAUUUUGUUGGUGGAGGGGAGGGGGCUGCACUCCCCUAGAGCGUUGGGAAGCUCCAACACAUUAAAUCAAGGAUCCUUGGAUGUAUCCAGGUGACCCCAAUCCAACCCCUGCACUGCUCAGCUGGAGACAUCCUUAGCUGUUAAUUAACAGAGCCCUCUUGAUUAACGGCAGCAGGAGGUUAAUGACCACGGGCAGCUCCAGGGGAACGUGCACAAACUGGAAUUAGCAUCCAGGGAAAGGGCUGGGUAGGAGCUGCAGCCCCAGGGCUGGUGGUGCCGGGAUCUGCUGCCUCUUUUGGGGCAGAAUCAGUGAAAUUGGGAUGCAGCUGGGUUCAGCACCUCAGAGCCAAGGGGUGAGUUGGAUGCAGAGCCACCACCAUCCCAUGAAAUCUGGAAUUAGGGCAGUUGUGGGGAUUUCAGGAUUUUAGAGUCAGUCAAGACUUGUGGUAAAGAGGAAUAGCAGGUUUUGGAGCUGGAGCACAAACCCCCAUCCCAGAACCCCCAUCCCCAGCCUUGGAGCCCCAGCCCCUGUCCAGGCCCCUUAUCCCAAACCCUGGGACCCCAACCUUCAGCCCAGCACCCCCAAACCCAAGGCUGGGUCUCAUUUCCUGGGAGAAAUUACUCUGGAAUACAUCAAACCCUGCUCCUGUGGAACGUGUUACCAUCCUUAAUGACAGCUCUUUUUCACUUGGCUGUCACGGCCCUAAAAUAAAGCUGUGUUUUCCCUCUCCCAUAAA